GGGCAGCCAUGUGUACCAGGAUUUGCUCACAAAUCAGUGGACCUGUGUGCAUGCCAGAGAGCAGCUGUACUUCAGAUAUUAAGACUGUCUUUCCAGACAGCAUUUAAGAAGUGGUUGAGCCACAAGUACCCUGGAGAAAGGGCUCCCUCGGGCAAUGAUGUGAAGAGAGGAAUCACCAGAGACAAAAUGAUGGGAAGUUACGAAGGAGGUAUAGAAAGAAGGUCAAGCCUUGCAUGGUACACCCCUGGUCUAGUCACAGACAGUGAACCCAGCUGUUUCCGUUCAGUCCAGGGAAAGGAGACGGAGCUGCUAAAGAUGAAAGUUGCAGUUUUCUGGCUCAUCUCUUUCUUCAUAAUCACUGAGGGCCGUGAUGGCUUCCUGGGGGGAAAUGAUGACAUCAAAACAAAAAAAGAACUCAGUGUGAAUAAGAAAAAGCAUCCAGGCCCAGUGCAGGAAUAUGAGCUGCUGCUUCAGGUGUCCUAUAAAGAUUCCAAGGAGAAAAGAGACUUGAAGAAUUUUCUGAAGCUUUUGAAGCCUCCAUCAUUAUGGUUACAUGGGCCAACGGAGAUUAUCAGAGCAAAGGCGACCACAUACUGUGGCAGCCACAAUGGGGUCCUACGGUGUGCCUGUGAAGACGGCUACACCUGGUUUCCUCCAUCAUGCCUUGAUCCCCAGAAAUGCUACUUUCACAUGGCCGAAUCCCUCCAGAGCUGUGACUGUCAUCUCAACAACCUCUCCCAGAGUGUUAAUUUCUGUGAGAGAACAAAGGUUUGGGGUACUUUUAAAAUUAAUGAAAGAUUUACAGAAGACCUUUGGAAUUCAUCUUCUGCUAAAUACUCCAAAUAUACCACUGGAAUUGAAAUUCAAGAUGUCAUCAGUAUAGCUGACCACAUCCUUAAUUCAGCAUCAGUAAACAACUGGACAACAUUACUACAGGAAGAAAAGCAUGCCAGCUCUCGGUUCCUAGAGACGUUGGAAAACAUCAGUGCUCUUGUACCUGCAACAGCCCUGCCUUUGAAUUUUUCUCGGGAAUUCAUUAACUGGAAAGGGAUCCCAGUGUCUGAAAGCCAACAUAAGAUGGGUUACAACUAUCAGACUGAAAUAUUCCCCCCAAAUACCUCCAUUCCCAUCAGAGGCCAUGUAAUAAUUGGGUCCAACCAAUUCCAGGGGUCCCUUCCAGAAACGAUUAUCAGCAUGGCCUCGUUGACCCUGGGGAACAUUCUACCCAUUACCAAAACCAGAAAUGCUCAGGUCAAUGGGCCAGUGAUAUCCACGAUUAUCCAAAACUAUUCCAUAGAUGAAAUUUUCCUGAGUUUUUCCAAGAUAGAUUCACACAUGAGCCAGCCUCAUUGUGUGUUUUGGGAUUUCGGUCAUUUGCAAUGGAACGAUGCAGGCUGCCACCUAGUGAAUGAAACUCCCGACACGGUGAUGUGCUGGUGUACUCACCUGACCUCCUUCUCCAUGCUGAUGUCACCCUUUGUCCCAUCUACCAUCAAUCCUGUUGUGAAAUGGAUCACCUUUGUGGGGCUGGGCUUCUCCAUCGGAAGUCUCAUCUUAUGCUUGAUCAUUGAGGCUCUGUUUUGGAAGCAGGUCAAGAAAAGCCAAACCUCGUACACACGUCACAUUUGCAUGGUGAACAUAGCGCUUUGCCUCCUGGUUGCCGACGUUUGGUUUAUUGUUGCUGCCAAUGUGAAGGCCACGGUAAACCCUUCUGGAAUCUGCAUAGCUGCAGUGUUCUUCACGCACUUUUUCUACCUCUCCUUGUUUUUCUGGAUGCUCACGCUUGGUAUCCUGCUGGCUUACCGGGUCAUCUUCGUGUUCCAUCACAUGGCCAUUUCUUUGAUGAUGGCAAUCGGGUUCUGCCUGGGCUAUGGAUGUCCUCUCAUUAUAUCUGUCAUCACCAUUAUGGUCACAGAACCUAGUAAUAGCUACAAAAAGGAAGAUGUGUGUUGGUUGAACUGGUCCCGUGGGAGCAAACCCCUCUUGGCCUUCUGUGUUCCUGCACUGACCAUUGUGGCUGUGAAUUUGGUUGUGGUGCUCUUAGUCCUCACAAAGGUUUGGAGGCCCGCCAUUGGAGAGAGGCUGAGUCGGGACAACAAGGCCACUAUCAUCCGCAUGGGGAAGAGUCUCCUCAUCCUGACCCCUCUGCUGGGGCUCACCUGGGGCGUUGGCAUAGGAACCAUGGUGGACAGCCAGAAUCUGGUGUGGCAUGUUAUUUUCACAUUGCUCAAUGCAUUCCAGGGUUUUUUCAUCUUAUGUUUUGGAAUCCUCUUGGAUAGUAAGGUAUGUGUAUUCAUUUCUCUCUUUAUCCCCUAA